GAUCCCAUAUGCAUUGUCAUCAUCUCAUCUUAGUCUCCACUGGUCUGUGACGGUUUCUCUGUCUUUCCUUGCUUGUCAUGACCUUGGCAGUUCGGAGGAGUACCGAUCAGAGAACAGCCCAUCUUCACCACCCGCGCGCACGUCUUCCAGAUCGACCCGAACACCAAGAAGAACUGGGUGCCUGCGAGCAAGCAGGCGGUCACGGUUUCCUACUUCUACGAUGUCACAAGGAACAGCUAUCGGAUCAUCAGUGUGGAUGGAGCCAAGGUGAUCAUAAACAGCACAAUCACACCCAACAUGACUUUCACCAAAACGUCGCAGAAGUUUGGGCAGUGGGCCGACAGCAGAGCCAACACAGUGUUUGGUCUGGGGUUUUCCUCGGAGCAGCAUCUGACGAAGUUUGCAGAGAAAUUCCAGGAGGUAAAAGAAGCUGCCAGAUUAGCCAGAGACAAGUCCCAGGAGAAAAUCGAGACCUCGAGUAAUCAUUCCCAAGAAUCUGGGUGUGAAACCCCAUCUUCUACUCAGGCGUCCAGUGUCAAUGGGACGGAUGAUGAAAAGGCUUCCUGUGCGGGUCCUGCUGACACACACCUCAAGUCCGAGAAUGACAAGCUGAAGAUCGCUCUGACACAGAGUGCUGCCAACGUGAAGAAAUGGGAGAUCGAGCUGCAGACCCUGCGGGAGAGCAACGCCCGGCUGACCGCGGCUCUGCAGGAGUCAGCGGCCAGCGUGGAGCAGUGGAAGAGGCAAUUCUCCAUCUGCCGGGAUGAGAACGACCGGCUCCGAAACAAGAUUGACGAGCUGGAAGAGCAGUGCAGUGAGAUAAACAGAGAGAAGGAGAAGAACACUCAGCUGAAGAGAAGAAUUGAGGAGCUGGAGUCAGAACUCCGGGAAAAGGAGACGGAGUUGAAAGACCUCCGAAAACAAAGUGAAAUCAUACCUCAGCUCAUGUCAGAGUGUGAAUACGUUUCUGAGAAGUUAGAGGCGGCAGAGAGAGACAAUCAGAACCUGGAAGACAAGGUGCGUUCCCUGAAGACGGACAUCGAGGAGAGCAAGUACCGACAGCGCCACCUAAAGGUGGAGCUGAAGAGCUUCUUGGAGGUGCUGGACGGGAAGAUAGAUGACCUGCACGACUUCCGCCGGGGCCUCUCGAAGCUGGGCUCUGACAACUAGGCCGCUCAGCCUUGUGAAGAGUGGCCCCCCAGCCACAGACCCCCGGUGCACCUGGCAGGAGCCCAAAGAAACCACGGUGGAGUCCAGGCUGUUUGGACGUUUGGCAGAUGAUUGACAGGUCCGAUGAUAUGCCGCUGUGGGGAACGUGUUACUGUUCUUCCCCUAUUGUACUGCUUUUAAUAUAAAGUCCUGACUUUAUUAAAUCGUUGUAGCAGUGUCUUCUGGUGUGACAGACAAUUUAGGCAUUUCUUGCAUCAAAUGUAAGAAUUUAAUGAUUAGUAUGAGGUGGAUAAGUGGCCUCUCCCAAGAAUACUGGUUUUUUUUCCUUUUUAAAUGCCUUUUUCGCGCAUAAAUAAUAUAUACUUUAAAAAAAAAGAAACUACAGAUGAUAAGAAAAAAAUCACCUGUUUUUACUCCAUCUUAUUAUAACCACUGUUAACGUUUUGGUAUAUAUCUUUUCAGACUUUUUUGUAUGCAUCUCUAUGUGUUUUAUUACUUCUUUCAUGAGAUAUAAUCAUAUGAUACAUAAAUGUUUUAUAACUUGCAUUUUUCUCCUUAAACACUCUAUUGUGAAUAUAUUUCUAUAACAGUAAAUAUGUAAUUGCAUCAGUUUUAACAUCUAUGUUGGUUAUUCCUUGGACACUUAAGUUGUUUACAGUUUUUUACUGUUGUGCUCAAGGAUGUGAUGAAAUCCAUUCGUCUAACAUCUUUGUGAACUAUUCAGAAUACUUACUUAGGAUCAUUUUCUAAAAUUGGACUUGCUGUUUCAAAAGUGUGAUGGGCGGUAACACAUGCUGCUCUGUCCCCUCUCCCUCCUGAGCGCACAGGAUACGCCACUUUCCAGGCCCUAUAGUCAUGCAGGUUCCUGUUACUAAUUCUGGCCAAUGAAGUGUGAGUUGAUGUGACGUUUGAAACGUCCAGGCUAAGACUGUGAGAUGCCCCUGUGAAGGUCUCCAGUCUCUGUCGCCUGGCCCCAGAGAUGGUGACAUCCCAGGGGUGGACCUUCUGUCAGCCUGGGUCCCUGAGUGACUGCAUCUCCUGUCAUGAUAUCCUGAGCUACCCACCCACCUGCAUGGACGUAGUGUGAGUAAAGGAUAAACGUUCAGGGUUACACCACUGGGAUGUCAGGGUUAAUUUGUUACUGCAGCAUAACAUAUUUUUAUUCUGACCAACAAUAAAAAAGUACACACAUUUUGAGGACUUUUAAUAUAUAUUGACUCAAAUUGCCUUCCAGGAAGAUGAUACCAAAUUAAAUUCCCACCAGCAAUGUGUGAGAAUGUCGGACUCCCUCUUUCACGCUGGUGUUACCAUGGGAACUGCCGGGCUAGUUUUGAUAGGCAUCUUUUAUUGGCAUUUUUUUGAUUAAAGUGCACUAGCAAAAAUAUUUAUUAGACUUUAUUCUUUUCUAGUUUACCUAGUUAUCUGCUCUGGCCAGUUUUCUUACAAGGUGUUUAGCUGUUCUCAUUGAUUUCUAAGAAUUUUUUUUCCCAUAAACAUUAUUUUUUUUUAAGUUGCAUGUAUGGCUUUUUAAAAAAAUGUUGACAUUUAAAAAAAAUUUUUAGUCAAAUCUGUCUUUUAUGGUUGCUACCUUUGCUUAUCUUUGCAAUUUUGAUUCCAAGAUUGUAUUAAUUUUCACCAGUAUUUUAUUCUUAUACUUUCAUUGUUUCUUUUAAACAAUUAAAUCUGUGAUCCAGGUGGAAUUUAUUUUCGAAACUACCCCAGAAUCAUUUAUUAGGAAAUCUGUCCUUUCUCUACUGUUACAAAAUGCCAUUUUCACUACAUACGCAAUAUUGUUAAGCAUGCUUCUGAACUUUCUCUUGUGGUCUGUUUGCACAUUCUGGCGCUGGUACCACAUUGUUUGAUCAUCGCAGAUUUAGACUAAAUGUCUCCAUUAAUUAAACUUCUUCAAAAAUGUCCUAGUACUUUUCGUAUGUUAAUCUUUCCAAAAGAAAUUCAAGAUCAUUUUGUAAUGUUUAGAAGAAUUAGAAAUUGGAUUGUGUAAAAUGCAUAGGUUACUAUAGGGGGAAUUAACAUCUUUGUAAUAUUUAACCUUUCAUUUAAGUAGAUUUAUAAAGUAUUAUGUCCCUCAGUGUAUUUUUUCUAGUAUAGGUAAUUUUUUGUAGUUGUGGUUACUAUGGUAAAUGAGCUGUUUUGUCCAUUAUAUUUUCUAGCUGCUUGUUAGUAUAAAGGUAUACCAUUACUUUUUUAAAAAAAAUUGGGAGGAGGGUACAGCUCAAGUGGUAGAGUGCAUGUUUAGCAUAUAAAAGGUCCUGGGUUCAAUCCCCAGUAUCUCCUCCAAAAAUAAAUAAACUUAAUUACCUCCUCCCACCAAAAUAAAAUAAUACUUUAUAAAAAAAUUAAAUCCACUGAUUUUUCUGACUUAAAAUGUUAUAAGUUGUGGAAAUGUAAACAUUAUGAAAAAACAUAAUCUAGAAAUUGAAAGUUGUCCAUAAUCAAAAUUCCUCUGCCCCAAGAUAAAGUCAAUAGUUGAUGCAUAGUCCUCAGUUUUUUUUCCUAAAAUAGGUUUUAGCAUUUUGACCGUAUGAUACCACCCUUCUACUGCUUGCAUUUUUCACUUGGCGAUAGAUCUUGGACAUCUUCCUGUCAGUACAUAUCAAUCUACCUCAUUCUUCUUAACUCUGCAUAGAGAGUGGUGUGGUUGUUUGCUGGCUUGUUUAACUUGGCAGUUGGUUACUUAUUUAUUCUGUAACUAGCCAAUUACUGAAUUUCCUUUCAUUUUAAUAGUUUUAUUGUUAAUAAUUCUUCUGCCUUUUUCAGGUAGAUAAGAAGUUCUGAAUUGUGAUAAUUUUACCUCCAUAUUUUUAAUUAUCUUAUUCCACUUCCUUAUCACAUUGACCAGCAAUCUUAGGACAAUGUUAAAUAACAUGUCUAUAAAUUGUGCUGAUGUUGUACAUUCUUCUUUAUAUACACUUUUUACUUGGCGAGAAUAUAGUGUUUCUCCACUCUAGAGGAGAAACCGCUACUGUUUCUCCAGAAGUACACAUUUGCCUCUUAAUAUAAGAUAUUCUUAAUAUUUGAAUUUAUAUAUUAAAGUUAUACACUUCUCUUCCUAGUUUGCUGAAAGUUUUAUCAGUAAUGGGUGUUGGAAUUUUAUUAAAUGCCUUUUUUCACAUCUGUCAAAAUGAUCAAAUGGUUUUUAUCAUGAUUUAAUAAGAAUCAUUUUAAUAAAUUUGCUAAUGUUAAACCCUCUCUGCAUUUCUAGAAAAAUCUUAUUUAGUCAUGACAUAUUGUUCUUCCAGGAUAUAUCUCCACUCAGUGUUAACAGUGGUUAUUUAUGAUGGGUUGGUUUAUGGUAGAUUUUUAUUUUGUGUUCUUAUCUGUAUUUUCUGAUUUUUCUACACGGUUCUUGUAUUACUUGUAUGAUGAAAAUAAGAGCUUUAAAAUAAGAAAAAUACUCUGGAUUUGGUUUGCUCAUUAUUUUGGAAUUUUGUUUAUGUUAAGAUGGAUAGUUGUAUAGUUUUUUCUGCUGUCUUUGUCGGGUAUUGAUGUUAGGUUUGUGUUAGCUUCUUUAAAAAAAAAAA